AUGGACCCUGAAAGUGAUUACUGCCUCGACGAGGAUGACUCUGAACGCUCCGAUGGAGUUGCACAGCCGGAUGAAACAGUGCUCUCGCCAAGGGAAUCGAGCAAAGGAAAAUUCAGCUCCCUCGAAAAACCAGGCAGCGAUAGGACGGUCGUCGAAACAGAUGACGACAAAGAUGACGACAGCGAGAGAGUGACGGUCAAACGGCCUGCGAAUGGCGCACCAGCCCAUCGUCCUUUUAAGCGUCAACGGGGGAUUGUCAACACCGACUACCUCGACAUGCUCAACAUGGACAUUGACGACGCGGCGCAAAGAGUAUGCCUCGACGACGAAGUCAACCUUCCGUCUGCGCAGAUUGGACUCACCAGAUGGUCGUCAUUGGAAAAGCAGCAGUUGUUCGAGGCCAUAUCGCGGUUGGGGCGGCACGAUGUAUCGGGCAUCGCAAACCGCGUCAGGAGCAAGAGCUUGAUCGAGAUCCAGCAGUACAUCGGCUUCCUCCACGAAGCAUGCAACGUCAAGAGAAAGGCCGACCGGCGAUCGAUCCUCGUGAGAGCAGAGUUCCCGGCGGCGGUCGAGAUGAGCCAGGCUUGUUGCCAUGCGCAGGACGAGAUUGCGGAUGCCAUAUCUCUCCGCCAAGAGCAGCGUGAGACGCUGCGUGAAGAGACCAUAUGGGGCCCAAACUGGGAUGUGACUCUCGCCGUCGCCGCAAAACUCAGUGCCGCCGAGGCCGAUCAGCCACCGCCCUUUAGCCAGCUUUUUACCCUCCGUCGGUGGCUCAUGCUCUCGGAACGAAUAUUCAUGAACUCGUCGAUUCCGAGCAGCAACUGGAACUACGUCGACGACGUGCGACCUUCGGUCCGGGCCACGGCGUUUGAAGACUUUCACUCGCUCACUGUAUCCAUCACGAGGCGGCUCGUCCAGGCCACCCUCUUCAUCAGCAUGUCGAGGAUCCGGGCCAAGAGGGAACUUGUGGUCAGUACUCGAAGCGUCGUCACCCGCAAGGAUGUCGAAGCCGCCAUCGCCUCCCUAGGCAUGUCGGUAGAUUCGCGCGACUGGUGGCGGAAAAGUGCUAGAAGGCUGCGGUUGGCCGUCUGCGAGGAACCACUCGAUCGAGAUGCGGAUGCGGAUGACGAGCCGAUGACAUAUGACGAAGUUGAGGCGGCCCUGCGUGAGGGUGAGGCGCGAGGCGUCGAUGCUGACCCACCGGCAUCCACGGCCAUCCCCGACGGCGGAGCCGAUUCGGUUCAAGAUUCCGACAGUGACUCGGACGGAGGCUCAAACGGCGAUUCAACGGCGGAGGAUGAUGAGCCGGGCAAGGAGGAAGAGUUCGACAUCGACUGCGAAGCCCGCGAGAUACUUCACUACGCGGCGGCGGAUCUCCGAGACGUGGCGAGCACGAGACAGGCGCUCCGGCGACGGAUCGCGACGGAACGUCAGCAGGAGGAGCAGGCCGACCAAUGCGACAGAUACGCAAGCUACCAGGCAGAGACGAAAAUGUGGAAAGUGUUGCAGAGGAAUCCUCCGGCGGAGCGGGCCACGGUGUACCAUGCUCGUCCGCUGAAGCGGUCUAUUUUGCAUGUGGAGAGCAUAUACCCCGUGAGGAACGAAUGGACUAGUCAGGUAGACUAUUGCGGCGAGUGGGAGACGAUGGAUGAGAAUGGCAGGGCGUAG